UUCUGCCAUCUUCUCUCACCGUCACCAUGGUGCGAAUGAAUGUUCUGGCAGAUGCUCUAAAGAGCAUCAACAAAGCAGACAAACGCCAGGUCCUCAUCAGGCCGUGUUCCAAAGUCAUCGUUCGGUUCCUAACUGUGAUGAUGAAGCAUGGCUACAUUGGUGAAUUCGAGAUCACUGAUGAUUACGGAGCUGGGAAGAUCAUUGUGAACAUCACAGGAAGGCUGAACAAGUGUGGAGUUAUAAGCCCUAGAUUUGAUGUUCAACUCAAAGACCUAGAGGAAUGGCAGAACAAUCUGCUCCCAUCACGGCAAUUUGGUUUCUUUGUGCUGACAACCUCAGCUGGCAUCAUGGACCGUGAAGAGGCAAGACAAAAAUAUACAGGAGGGAAAAUCCUGCGAUUCUUUUUUUAAAUGUAAAGCAUAAAUAAAAAGCCUCUGUGGACUGUGAAAAAAAAAAGAGUUCAAACUAGAUUGGGAGCCAGGUAAUCGUCUCAAGAAGUUCUUUGGUAGCCGCGGCGCGGGAAGGACAGCGACUUGCCGCGAUGGCUGACGAGAUUGCCAAGGCUGAAGUGGCCCAGCCCGGUGGUGACACAAUCUUCGGCAAGAUCAUCUGCAAAGACAUCCGGGCCAAGAUCAAUUUCGAGGACGAUCGGUGUCUUGCUUUUCAUGACAUUUCCCCUCAAGCACCAACACACUUUCUGGUGAUACCCAAGAAGCACAUAUUCCAGAUUUCUGUGGCAGAUGAUGAUGAUGAAAGUCUUCCAGGACAUUUAAUGAUUGUUGGCAAGAAACGUGCUGCAGAUCUGGGCCUGAAACUCGGGUAUCGGAUGGUGGUGAAUGAAGGUGCAGUCGGGGGGCAGUCUGUCUAUCAUAUUCACCUCCACGUCCUUGGAGGUUGGCAGAUGAACUGGCCUCCUGGCUAAGCAGGUUGGGGUUAAGUAUCCUUCUCUAGGUAGUUGGCAAGCUCCAGUAAGUUCAAUGGCACACAUAGUUUUGCCUGUGUAUGGAGAGAUUGAAGAGAUCAUUUAAAAUU